AUGGCGGUACUAGGGACCGAGGAGGAAGAGGAGGAGGUGGAAGAAGCCAUGGCGAUCGACGGCGACGCGGGAGGAGCGGAUAUGGAUGAGGACGAGGCGAUGAUGAUCAUGAUGGCGGAAGACGAGACGGAUUUGAUUCGGAGAGCGGAGCAGGCGGCGAAGGAGGAGGCUCGGCGGGUAGGACAGAUGGGCAGGCUUCAGCCGCUUUUAGCUAAGUGGCGGCGGCAGCCGGUGGCGGAUUUCGACCCUAGAGCCACGGAUAUAGUGUUCCAGCAGCUUGACAUUGACUACUACUUGACAUCUGACUCACCUUUCAAAGCUCAUUACAAGAGUUCAGCUGUACUGCGCAUCUUUGGCGUCAACGAACAUGGAAACAGCGUGUGCGCCAUGGUGCACGGCUUUCUGCCAUACUUCUACGUGAUGGCACCAUCACAAUUCACAUACGAUGAUGUUGCUGCCUUCCACACCCAACUCUCGGAAAGGGGUCAGGCGAAGGGAGUGGUGGUGAUAAGAGUGGAGAUGCUAAAAGCGCAGGGGCUGCUGUACUAUCAAGGCCCCGAUAAGAAGACAUUCCUUAAGAUCACACUCGCUCUGCCCACCAUGGUGGCUCCAUGCAGAGCAUACUUUGAACAAGGUUUCGAGUGGAACGGGUUUCACUUCCCCGCCACCACCUACGAGAGCAACGUGCUCUUUGCCCUGCGCUUCAUGAUCGACUGCCACGUCACCGGCGGCAACUGGAUCUCACUGCCAGCUGGCACGUACCGCGUGCGCGAGGACGCGCGGAAGCUGUCGGCGUGCCAGCUGGAGGUUGAUAUCCUCUAUACAGACCUGAGCAGCCAUGAAGGCACGGGGCAGUGGUCCAAAAUGGCGCCCUUCCGCAUCCUCAGUUUUGACAUCGAGUGCAGCGGGCGCAAGGGGCACUUCCCGGAGCCGCAGCACGACCCGGUGAUUCAGAUCGCUAAUAUCGUUUCCCAGCAGGGCAGCAGCGACCCGCUGGUUCGCACCGUGCUCACUCUCGGCUCGUGUGCGCCCAUCGUUGGGUGCGAUGUGGUGGCAUUCGAGACGGAGCAGCAGUUGUUGCUGGCUUGGAAGGAGCUCGUCCAGGCAACAGACCCUGACAUGAUCAUCGGGUACAACAUCCAAAAGUUUGAUCUGCCCUACUUGAUUGAGAGGGCAGAGAAGCUGAAUCUGAAGACCUUCCCGUUCCUUGGUCGGAUCCUCAACACCCAGCUCAAGAUGCGCGAUGCACGCUUCCAAUCCAGGCAGUACGGCACAAGGGAAACCAAGGAGGUGACGCUCGACGGGCGUGUGCAGUUUGACCUGCUGGUGGCGAUUCAGAGGGAGCACAAGCUCAGCUCCUACUCCCUCAACUCCGUCUCCGCUCAUUUCCUUAACGAACAGAAGGAGGACGUGCAUCACUCCAUCAUCGCAGACCUUCAGAAUGGAGAUGCCCAGACGCGGCGCCGCCUGGCCGUGUACUGCCUCAAAGACGCUUACCUGCCGCAGCGCCUGCUGGAGAAGCUCAUGAUGGUCUACAAUUAUGUGGAGAUGGCGAGAGUGACGGGUGUCCCGAUCUCUUUCCUGCUUGCUCGAGGCCAGAGUAUCAAGGUGCUCUCUCAAAUCCUACGCAAGGCGAGGCAGCGAGAGUUGCUGGUGCCGAACAUGAAGGUUCAGGCCGGGGCAGGAGCAGAUGCGACUUAUGAGGGGGCGACGGUGCUGGAGCCCAAGCAGGGAUUCUAUGAACGCCCCGUGGCAACUCUUGACUUUGCAUCGCUGUACCCAUCGAUCAUGAUGGCCCACAACCUCUGCUACUGCACUCUGGUUCAGAAGGAGCACGGCAUGAGGCCAUCAGACGACCAGAUAUCGCAGACUCCCACAGGGGACCUUUUCGUAAAGUCAUCCGCUGCUAAGGGCAUUUUGCCGGAGAUUCUGGAGGAGUUGCUUGCUGCGAGGAAGAGGGCAAAGGCAGAUCUCAAGAAAGCCACGGACCCAUUGGAGAAAGCCGUGCUGGACGGCCGACAGCUGGCACUCAAGGUCAGUGCCAACUCUGUGUACGGCUUCACAGGGGCCACUAUCGGCGCUCUGCCCUGCUUGGAAAUAUCAUCCAGCGUUACUGCAUACGGGCGGCAGAUGAUAGAGCACACGAGGGCGUUUGUGGAGCAGCACUACUCCAUCGCCAAUGGCUACUCGCACAAUGCCGAUGUGGUCUACGGUGACACGGACUCAGUGAUGGUCAUGUUUGGCGUGGACACUGUUGAAGAGGCCAUGCGCAUGGGCAGGCAGGCAGCCGAGGAGAUCUCUGAUACCUUUCCCAAGCCAAUCAGGCUGGAGUUUGAGAAGGUGUACUUCCCGUACCUGCUGAUCAACAAGAAGCGCUACGCCGGGCUGUACUGGUCCAACUCCAAGGCCUUUGAUAAGAUGGACACCAAAGGUAUUGAGACGGUUCGGAGAGACAACUGCCUUUUGGUCCGACAGGUGGUGGACGAGUGCUUACGGCGGAUUCUAAUGGAGCGAGAUAUCCCUGGGGCCGUGGCGUAUGUGAAGGCUGUCAUUUCGGAUCUCCUCCUGAACAAGCUCGACCUCUCACUGCUGGUUAUCACCAAGGGGCUAACCAAGGGAGGUGACGACUACGCAGUCAAGGCGGCCCACGUCCAGCUGGCAGAGAGAAUGCGCAAGCGUGACCCCGCCACGGCACCAGGCAUCGGGGAUCGAGUGGCGUAUGUCAUCUGCAAGGCGCCAAAAGGAAGCAAGGCGUAUGAGAAGUCAGAGGACCCUAUCCACGUGUUAGAGAACAACAUCCCCAUCGACCCGCACUAUUACCUGGAGAACCAACUGAGCAAGCCGCUGCUGAGAAUAUUCGAACCCAUCUUGAAGAACGCGAGUAAGGAGCUGCUGAGUGGCGCGCACACACGUGCAGUUUCCAUCUCCACGCCUUCGACAGGUGGCAUCAUGCGAUUCGCCAAAGUCCGGCUCUCCUGUCUGGGCUGCAAGACGCCCCUCAGUGGGAAUUCCCAGACCCUAUGUGCACACUGCAUGGAUCGAGAGGGCGAAAUCUACCAACGGAUCACAUCUAACGUGCGGGAGUGUGAGGAGCAGUUCGGAAGACUGUGGGUGGAGUGCCAGCGGUGUCAGGGAAGCUUGCAUCAAGACGUGCUCUGUACCAGGUACGCUGGUGGUGGGAUGGUGGGGCUAUAG